CCCCCGACUCGGACAUUAUGCCUCUCACCGGCACAGCCCUUGUCGUCGGUGGAGGAAGCGGUAUUGGCCAGGAGACUGCGUUCGCGUUCGCGGAAGCCGGUUGCAAGGCCGUUGCUAUCGCAGACAUCAAUGAGAAUAACGCGCAGAAGGCAGCCGAGCAAAGCAAGGAAUAUGCUGUAAAUCCCGCCUAUCAGAGUUUCAGCAUCAAGGUGGAUGUAGUGGACGAAGACAGUGUGCAAAACAUGGUCGAUAUAGCAGUAAAGGCACUUGGGGGCAGAAUCGACUAUUUUGUCAACUGUGCUGGUGCCCCAAAUAUGUCUAGCUUCCCGAUAUCAGACCUCAAUACGAAGCACUUUGACCGUGUAGUUCGCAUCAAUCUCUACGGGACCGUCAAUUGCAUGAAAGCUGUCUCUAAAGCAAUGCAAUCCCAGGAACCCACCUCGUUCAUUCCCGAGACGCGGCGCACAAGUCGCCAUCCAGAGAGACUUCUUGGUCGCGGCUCAAUUGUGAACCUCGGGUCUGUCAACUCAAUCAUGGCCAACGCUGGUAACAUGUCGUACGUAACGGCUAAGCAUGCCAUUGUUGCUGCUACCAAAGUUGCAGCGCUAGACCUUGCGAAGGAUCUAAUUCGGGUGAAUGUUGUCCUUCCCGGCGGCACUGAUACUCCCAUGUUGACUUCGACAAUUGACCGUUUGCCUCAUUUCAGGCAGCUACUCAUUGACCGAACUCCACUCCACCGCCUGGCUAGCACAGAUGAGAUUGCUAAUACAAUAGUCCACAUAUGUAGUCCUGGGGCAAGCUACAUGACCGGGGCCACAGUUGUGAUCGACGGAGGGUUGUCGCUCAGCGCGGCGAGACUGUAG